AUGUCCCAUCGGUUAUUUCGGCCUGUCCUGCGAGAGCUGCGAUGCCCAGUUCACCCGUGUGCCCAACGGGCCAUAUCUGGGCACCUGCUCUGGGUGUAACUGCCACGGCCAUGCCAGCUCUUGCGAUCCCGUGUAUGGCCAUUGUCUGAACUGCCAGCAUAACACAGAAGGACCACAAUGUAACAAGUGCAAACCAGGUUUCUUCGGUGAUGCCACGCGUGGCACUCCCACUGCCUGUCGGCCCUGCCCCUGCCCCUACAUCGAUGCCUCCCGGAGGUUCUCAGACACCUGUUUCCUGGACACGGAUGGCCAAGCCACAUGUGAUGCCUGUGCCCCUGGGUACACUGGGCGCCGCUGUGAGAGCUGCGCCCCUGGCUACGAAGGCAACCCAAUUCAACCUAACGGCAAAUGCAAACCCAUCACUAACCAGGCAAUUGUGCGCUGUGAUGAGCGGGGCAGCACGGGCACCUCUGGAGAAUCCUGCCGCUGCAAGCCAAACGUGGUUGGCCGCCUGUGCAACGAGUGCUUGGAUGGCACCUUCCACCUGAGUGCCAGUAACCCAGAUGGCUGCCUCAAGUGCUUCUGCAUGGGGGUGAGCCGUUACUGCACCAGCUCCUCCUGGAGUCGGGACCAGGUACAAAGGGGGCCUGGGGAGGCUGGAUGUCAAGGUCGGAUGAUGGGCACCUGCCCUGGGAGCAGAUGCCUCACCCCCCCCAAAAAACACAGGAGUCUGGGAGAAGGGAUUUUCUUUUUUUCAGCCAUAGCAGGUCCUGAGCCAUUGGCCAAAGCAUAGUGGGAUGAUUCAGAUGAUUAAAUUAAAUUAAAUUAAAUUCAGAUGAUUAAAAUCCUCGAUCUCCUGAAGUGAG